UACUUAAAGUCACACAUAUUGAAGGACCACCUAUCAAAUAUUUACAAAAUGAAGCUUUGCUGUAUUAUUUUCCUGUUUGUUCUUAAAGGAUUUUUUGGAAACUCGUUUAAUGAAGAUUGUAAAAACUGGUCUUUUACAUUUGACACAUCCAUCACAGCAUUGAAUGGUUCCUGUGUGGAGAUUCCCUGCACUUUCAGUUUUCCAGAGGGUUAUAGAGAGUUUAAUUUGAUUUGGUACUUGUACCAUUUUAUCAAUUACCCACAAGUUUUUAAUAAGAAACAGCCCUCAGCAGUGAGAGCAGAUUAUACAAAACUAACAAGUCUAGUGGGAAAUAAAACAAACAGUUGCACCUUGCGGAUCAGUCAAGUGGAAAAUGAAGGAUUAUUUUAUCCAGGAAUAAAUGAAGACAUUAACUCUUGGCAUUGCAACCAGAAGAAAACUGCAUUGGUGAAAAUUAAAGAUACUCCAGAUGAGCCAUUACUAAGUGUGCCUCCGAAUCUUACAGAAGGAAUUCCAGCCCCCAUCUUCUGCACUGUAGAAUAUACAUGUCCCUCAUAUUCUCCUUUUCUACAAUGGAACAAAAUUGGCCUAAAGAAUGUACGUCAUGAAGAUCAUGAAGGAUAUUGGAAAGUUAUUUCAGAACUUUUAUUUGAACCAACCUAUAUAGAUGACGAAACCCAGAUAAAAUGCACAGCUACAUAUCCAAACAGCCAGAAUACACAAAAAAUCUACAACUUAAGCAUUAAGUGUAAGUAG